AUGGAUAAACUGGAUGAUAUUUCAAUUGCCACACUCAAAGCUGCUAAUAUUGGAGAAGACUUAUUACCUUUGCUUUCCCGUGAUGACAUCAAAGAUCUGUUUCCUGGGCCUGAAAAUUUCUUGAGGCGCCGGGCUAUAUGGCUUGUUGUAAAUAAAGAUGAAAAGGUGGAUGCUGCUCCUGAAAUUCUGCAGUCACCCCCUACUGGUGGCAGCGACCCUUCAAAAGAAGAGGCCAGUACUUCUAAAUUUGUGACUAUGUCCAACCCAGAAUACAUAGUCUUCACAGACAGUGAGCUUGAACAGGCACGACGCUACUACUUUGAGCAGAAACGGCUGGGGACCGAGCACAGCGUGGCCUUAUCCAAGGAGCUCUUCUGCCGACUCAUAAGAAACACGAUGACUAAUAUGAUUGCUAUCGCAAGAGCCACAGAGGACUGCAGAUACCCCACCAAACAUGAGGUGAAUGCCAUGGCAAAACGGUUGGUGGAUUACUAUCCGAUGAUAAAAGAAAAGUCAUCCAACAGUGAGUGGGAGCAUGUUGCUAAAAAGCUCAUGAAGAGACUCUCAAAUGUCAGAAGUCCAAGGAAGGCCAAAGCUCCUCCUUCAAAGAAACCACGACAAGAUGUGGAAGUCACUUCAGACAUUUCAACCACUGACUACGAUGGAGAUUCCAGUGCAUCCACAAUUAUUCUGGAACGGUCACCUGUUAGUCCCAUGGGCAUCUCAGACAGCCCGAAAACCCAAGCAAGACAUUACAAGACCCUCCAAGAAAUGUUCAAGUCCAAAAAGCCAAACAAAGCUGCGAUAACUCAUUUGCUGAACCUGGAAUUUGAGUCUCGAAGACGCUUCAUCACGUCUGAUCUGUUAAAGGAGCAAGACAGACCAACAAAGAUUCUAGAGGCUUUCCCAUGUUUCCGAGAACUGGACCACGUGCUGGAUGAGCUGCAGCGAAUCAUCCAACCAACCAACUCCCAAUACAUCUCUGAGAUGAAGAGCAGAUGGGAAACCUUCUAUUCAAAGGUCCAGUUUUAUGGGGUGAUGAAAAAAACCAUGAAGCCUCCUAAAACUUUGAAUGGAGUGGAGCAUGUCACAGCUGUGUUCCGAGCCCUGCCACUGCUCUUCCCGUCCAGCACCAUGCCACCUAAGAAGCUGGGCUUAAGCAGCGAGGCUCUUUUCCAUGUCCUUACGACUUCAGAGGAUCCUGAUGGUUUCCUGCGCCAGCGACCACUGUCUUGUCCAGUCGUGCUUGUCUCUGAGGAAAACUGCAUGAUCGCCAUUGGAAACAUGCCAGUGACCACCUUCAACAUUGAGAGGUUUGAUGAGGGACUGCUCUACCUCAUGGCAUAUUACUAUGCCCUGCACCUCACUUACCCAAAGUGUAUUUCCACACUUCUGUCAGUAGUGCAAACAGAAAUUCUCCUUGAUUCUAUUCAUGAGCAAGAUUUGACCCCUUCCUACAAAAAAGCCAUUGGCGAGUGGAAGUCCUUCAUUGAGUGA